AUGCUUCGCGGUCAUUGUCUUAGGCACUUUGUAACCGCGCCUGAUUAUGUUUCGCAGGAAGUUGACGAUCGGCUUCGGAGACGGCGUUAUCCGAGGCCGACGCCCCCGCCCUUUCCUAACGGCUGGAUUCCAGUGAUGGACUCGACCGAGCUCGUUGUAGGACAGGUCAAGCGCCUCGACGUCUUCGGCGAAGAUCUCGUCGCUUUCCGCACUGAUGAUGGAGUUGCACACGUACUGGAUGCCUACUGCCCGCACCUGGGCGCUCACCUUGGAGUGAUGGGGCGAGUGGUGGGAGACUGCAUCGAGUGUCCAUUCCACGGGUGGAGGUUUCAGGGGGACACCGGAGCCUGCACACACGUACCCUACGCCUCCAAAGUGCCCGAGUUUGUCAAGAUCAAGAAGUGGACUACGGACGAGGUCUUGGGCCUGCUGUUCGUCUGGUACCACGCCGAGUCGGAGCCGCCAUCGUGGCACGUCGGUGACGUGCCCGAGGCGGCCUCUAUCGACAGCAGCGGAUCGCUGCGGUGGCGCGGCGAGAAUCACAUCUCGUGCCACAUCCAGGAGCUCGCCGAGAACGCGGCCGACGUGGCACACUUCGAUUUCCUGCACGGUCCUUCGUUGCUCACCAUGGGCGAGAAGUUCUUCGAGCAGGCCGAGACAACUAUGCGCGGUAGCCUGUUGCACCACUCCUGGCAGACCAACUGGGAGCCCCGGGACCACACGGCGCAGGUCAACGUGGUGUGCCGCACGUCGUCGCCGCUGAGCUGGAUAUCCCGAUACAACGAGUAUAGCUUCUGCGUCACCCAGAUCGGGCCGGCGCUCGUGGUGACUACAAUGCGCACCGCCUUUGGCAACAUCGGCUAUGUGCUCUCUUUGACACCCAUGAAGCCCUUCCAUGUGCGCGCCGUGCACCGUUACUUCCCGGAUCGCAGAAUGCCACGCAUAGUGUUCUGGAUCAUCGUCUGGGCCUCCAAGGGCAUGUUCCAGAGGGAUAUAUUCGUGUGGGACCACAAAGCAUACAUGAAAAGCCCAGCGUUGGUUAAGGAAGAUAAAACGAUCAUGGCCUUCCGGAAGUGGUUCGCCCAGUUCUACAGCACCAACAGCCUUUCUUGGAGAGACGUGCGGGACAAGACACUACAGUGGUGAUCUGGCCGGCAACGACUGCUUGGUGUGUCAGAGUAGCAGUGGAUGUGACUGCGCAUACCAGAAAAAAAAGAAGGGAAAGGGCUCACGCACAAUGGACUUCUUCCACAACGGCACGCGUGAGGCGUAAUUUGUGGAGAACUGAGCCCAAGCGGGAGGCUGGUCUAUCUGGACU